CUCCCCCCUCUUUUCGCCCGUCGCGCUCGAGCUGGGAGCGCGCGGCCGGCGGCGGCCCAGCAGCGACCCCUCGCCCGCCGCCCAUGCAGGACACCGAGGAGAGCCCGGCGGCCGCCGCCGCGCCCCAGGCCGAGGGGCCCGGCGAGGAGCCCGAGCAGCCGGGCGGGCCCCCCGCGCCGCCGGCGGAGCCGCCGCAAGAGGAGGAGGGAGAGGAGCAGGAAGCGGGCGAGUGCGAGGCGCCGCCGGGGCCCCCCGAGCCGCCGCCGCCGCCCGCCGCCGAGGCCGCCGCCGCCGCCGAGCAGCCCGAGGCCGAGCCUGAGCCGCAGCCGCCGUCUGGCCGCCAGAGCCCUGAGAAGGCCGAGGCCGAGCCCGAGCCGCCGGCCGCGCCCGAGCCCCAGGCCGAGCCGGCCGCCGAGGCCGAGGCUGAGUCCGGGCCCGAGCCCGAGCCGCAGGCCGAGGCCGAGCCGCCGGCGGAGCCCGGCGCGGCGGCGGAGGGGGAGGAGGAGGAGGCGGCGCCCGCCGCCCCCGCCGAGCCCGAGGACGAGCUCUCCUUCAGCGACCCCGAGGACUUCGUGGACGACAUCAGCGACGAAGAAUUGCUUGGUGAUGUACUGAAAGAUCAGCCGCAGGAAGCAGAUGGAAUUGACUCAGUAAUAGUGGUGGAUAACGUUCCCCAAGUUGGACCAGACCGUCUUGAGAAACUGAAGAAUGUCAUCCAUAAAAUAUUUUCCAAGUUUGGGAAAAUUAUCAAUGAGUUUUAUCCAGAAGCAGAUGGGAAGACGAAGGGGUACAUCUUUCUGGAGUACAUGUCUCCAUCUCACGCGGUGGAUGCUGUGAAGAAUGCGGAUGGGUACAAACUGGAUAAGCAGCACACUUUCAGAGUCAACCUUUUCACAGACUUUGAUAAAUACAUGACAAUCAGUGAUGAAUGGGAAAUCCCUGAGAAACAGCCAUUUAAGGAUUUGGGAAAUCUGCGUUACUGGUUGGAAGACCCAGACUGUAGGGAUCAAUACAGCGUCAUCUUUGAGUCAGGAGACCGGACAUCCAUUUUUUGGAAUGAUAUCAAGGAACCUGUUCAAAUUGAGGACAGAGCACGGUGGACAGAAACUUACGUACGUUGGUCCCCGAAAGGUACCUACUUGGCUACGUUCCAUCAGAGAGGCAUUGCACUUUGGGGUGGAGAGAAGUUCAAGCAGAUUCAAAGAUUUAGUCACCAGGGAGUACAGCUUAUUGACUUCUCACCUUGUGAAAGAUACUUGGUGACCUUCAGCCCGUUGAUGGACACGCAGGAUGACCCUCAGGCUAUUAUCAUCUGGGAUAUUCUGACUGGGCAAAAGAAGCGAGGAUUCCACUGUGAAAACUCAGCUCACUGGCCUAUUUUUAAAUGGAGUCAUGAUGGUAAAUUCUUUGCUCGAAUGACUUCAGAUACACUCAGCAUCUACGAAACACCUUCUAUGGGUUUGUUGGACAAAAAAAGCUUGAAAAUCACUGGGAUAAGAGACUUUUCGUGGUCUCCAGGUGGUAACAUAAUUGCUUUCUGGGUGCCUGAGGACAAAGACAUCCCAGCAAGAGUGACUUUGAUGCAGCUGCCUUCUAGACAAGAAAUUCGUGUGCGGAAUUUGUUCAAUGUCGUAGAUUGUAAACUACACUGGCAGAAGAAUGGGGAUUACUUGUGUGUGAAAGUAGACAGGACUCCCAAAGGUACACAGGGGGUAGUGACCAACUUUGAGAUAUUUCGAAUGAGAGAGAAGCAGGUGCCAGUGGAUGUGGUAGAAAUGAAAGAAAGCAUCAUAGCCUUUGCCUGGGAACCAAAUGGAAGCAAGUUUGCUGUGUUGCAUGGAGAAACUCCACGAAUUUCAGUUUCCUUUUACCAUGUUAAAAACAAUGGCAAAAUAGAACUGAUAAAAACAUUUGACAAACAGCAGGCAAACACGAUAUUUUGGAGUCCUCAAGGACAGUUUGUAGUACUGGCUGGCCUCAGAAGCAUGAAUGGUGCCUUAGCAUUUGUUGAUACAUCUGACUGCACCAUGAUGAAUAUUGCUGAACACUAUACAGCUUCAGAUGUGGAAUGGGAUCCUACAGGCAGAUACAUUGUGACUUCUGUGUCUUGGUGGAGUCACAAGGUGGACAAUGCAUAUUGGUUAUGGACCUUCCAAGGCCGUCUGCUUCAGAAGAACAAUAAAGACAGGUUCUGUCAACUUCUUUGGAGACCUCGACCACCUACUCUUCUCAGUGAGGAUCAGAUAAAGCAAAUUAAGAAAGACCUGAAGAAAUACUCCAAGAUUUUUGAACAGAAGGAUCGUCUGAGCCAGUCCAAAGCUUCAAAGGAGCUCGUGGAAAGGAGACGUACAAUGAUGGAAGAGUUCAGAAAGUACCGCAAGAUGGCACAAGAGUUGUAUAUGGAACAGAGGAAUGAGCGUUUAGAGCUUCGAGGAGGGGUGGACACAGAUGAACUGGACAGCAAUGUUGAUGACUGGGAGGAGGAGACCGUUGAGUUUUUUAUCAAUGAAGAAAUUAUUACCAUUGCAGAACCAGAGUAAUCUGCUAAAACUGUGCACCACCGUAUCUUGUGCUGAAAAGAGGUUUGUUCGUUUUCAGAAAGCCUACGUCAACUUUGGAAUUUUUAAUCCAUAUUCUCACACUGUGGAAGGGUGGCUGCACCAGGUUUUCACCAUUUUGACACAUUGUAGUGCCUUUAAAUCUUGCUGCCUGCUGCAGUGGGAUAUUGGGAAGGCGCUGCUUUUAAUUUUUUUUUUUAUGAAUUGUUUUUCUUUUUAAAUCCACUACUACCAGUAUUUACUUCCUGACUUCUGUGCAGUGCUUACCAACUGGCAGUUCUUCACUAUUGCCAGUGAGGUGAGUUUCAUCAGUGCACCUCUGUCUUACACACACACAAAUGUUUUUGUUUCAGGACUCUUUUUAUGUCCCAAGUGCAUGGACGAGUGUUCAUUUUGUUUGGAAAAAAGUCAGCAGAACCAUUUUUCGUAUGAUGUGUUUUAGUGUGCUGAAGCAGCACUACAGUGGGCUAUAUCCUCCUCCUUUCAGAUUGGGAAAGGAUCUCUCCCUCAAUGAGCUGAAUAUGGAAAUAAAAGCAGACCUAUACUAAAA